CUUUCGACGUGUCAAAGCGGAAGCGCCACAAACGCCGUGGCGGCGGCGUGUAUUGUGUCCCAAAGUGACGGUUUUCUUUUUCCGGGCUUGUACCGUAAUGCACAGGAUACAACGGAAUGAUUAAAAAAUGCGCGCCGUUACGCAGCAGUCCAGCUGUUAUUCAAACCGCCCUAAUCCACCUAGAAUCGAUGUCAUACACUUGGACUGGUCGAAGGCCUUUGAUCGUUGUUCAAUAAAUCUACAGUGUCCUUAUUCUUCAGUCCUUCAUCAUGGCUGCAGCAGAUGAAUUUGAUGUUUGCAUUGUUGGAGCAGGUUUGUGGGGCAGUGCAGCUGCCAAAUAUUGCUCUGCACGCCUUGGCAAUUCAGUAUGUCUCAUUGGGCCCAGCGAGCCAACCACGAAACAGGAUUACGACAGCCGGUUUGUUUUUGGUGCACAUUAUGAUGAGGGCCGUGCAGUUGGAGCAAUCAGUAGCACGUUCGAGUGGGGAGAACUUGCAAGGCGGUCAGCUGGAAACUUCAGUAACAUUGAACAAGAAACAGGUAUACACUUCUACAGCAAUGUUGGGUCGAUGUGGUUGACUGCACAGGAAAGCUCACUCAGCCAGAAACUGCUUGAUGUUGCCAAUCAGACUGGUAUCCAUGCCACAGUCCUUGAUCAGGAAAAACUUCACCAGUCCUAUAACUUUUUGUCCACCGAAAGCAUACCAUUACAGAAAAACACAGAAAUUGUGGGUAUUAUAGAAAAAUCUGGGGCAGGGUAUCUUAGCCCUCGGAAACUGGUUCGGGCUCAACAGAUGCUUGCUCAUCGUCAAGGAUGUAAAAUAGUUGAUGACAUUGUCAACCGUCUGUCAUGCCACGAUUCUCAGCACAGUUUUGACCUGAUUACAGAAGGUGGGAAGAUCAUCCAUGCCAAGAAAGUCUUACUUUGUGCUGGUGCCUCCCUUGCUCUGGAAGAUUUUCUGCCUGGUGGAUUGCAACUUGAUUUAGCUUUAAAGACUCAGUUAGUAGUGCUAAUGGAGAUAGCACAAAAAGACAGAGACAGGCUUCUUGACAUGCCAUCCCUACACGUCCACGAGGGAGAAAAAGAUUUGGGACUAGACUGCUACAUAUUGCCACCUAUUCAAUACCCAGAUGGUCAAUGGUACUUGAAAAUUGGUCAUGGUAAAGUUGGUGAAGAGGAAGUAACAUCAAAGGAGCAAUUGAAAGCUUGGUAUUGUGGGUGUGGUGAUGCCAGCACAUCAGAUAGACUCACUCAGCGCUUACAAGAUUUAUUUCCUGGUUUGAACCCAAUCUCCCUACACACUGUUACCUGUGUGACUGCAUGCACACCAACAGGACACCUUUAUUGCGACAUGGUUGCCCCUGGACUUGGUGUUCUAGUUGGUGGUAAUGGAUAUGGAGCUAAGUCAUCAGAUGAGAUAGGUCAUAUGGGGGCUAACAUGAUACUGAAAGGGGAAUGGGACUAUGACAUGCCCAAGGACAAGUUCGCAGUGCAGUUGAAAUCACCAGAGUUUACAAUAUCCCCACUAAAACCUCAACAGAAAUGAUACAGUCAUCGUGUAUGCUUUGAAACUUUUAUUGAUGUUGGUGAGUCAGGAGUGAUAGCUUGGGGUGCUUGAACAUUUAGUUUAACACGAUUGGGCCUUUUUAUUGUUAUGUAUUUCAGAACUUCACAAAAGUGAAGUUGAAUUUGGAUUCUACUGAGCCGUACUGCGACACGGAGUUGUACACCCUUGUGCUUAUACAGCCUUCAGAUUUUAAAGUAUGUCGUCCCGUAAAGACAUCUAGCUAAAUAUCUCACUGUCAAUGCCCUAACGAAACGAGGUUCACUUUAGGGUGGGUGGCACCAUGGACAGAAAGAAGAGCAUGUAUAAUCCCUCCGAGCAAGGCCGAAUCUAGACCCACUUUUGUUGGGGGGGACAAGAAAGCAGCGGCCCUGGUGCACUUUUACGCGCAUCAACUGAUCCCACCAGUCAGAAUUAAGCAGCUGCUCAGAAACACAGUGGCUCUGACCAUAUAAAAAGACCUCCAUUAAGACACUUUAUGUCUUCACUUUGACUAAAGAAAAAAAUCUCAUCAGGUUUUUAUUUAAUUGGGGGAGUGGGCCCUGGCCCCGUUAGCUCCCCUUUAGAGAACUGAGGUUUAGUUUGAUUCUACAGAGAUAAUUAUUUACGCUAACCAUUAUUUUAAUUAUUCAUAAUAACCAUCACAUGCUGUCGUCAUUGCCUGAAGUGGAGAAUUAAAGAAACGCCAGUACACUGAAGCAAAGAGUUUCAUGCUCAUUUACCCUUGGUCCAUCCUUGCCCCCGUAUCGUAAUACGGCUUCAUAGAAUCCAAAUCCACCUUCAAGUUUGUUAAGCCUCUUGAAUAUUAGGAUUCUAACUUGUAUAACGUCACUAAGUGAUCAUGUGAGAUGUUUAAAGCUAAAAUCGCGGGAAUGAGACACCAAAGAAAUGCAAAGCCAUCAGAUAACAGAAAAGUAUCACCAUAUGCUACGAGUCAGUAUAUUACAUAUAACGUCAAUAGGCCUUUAGUCAAGUCAAAUUUUCUCAGAUUCACUUUUUGUGAAUGUCUGUACUCUUCUUUUAUGUAUGAGGACUAUUUAGAUUCUUAUUUGUAGUUAGAUGGACGGAAAAGUGCACUUUUAAACAUUCUAAAUUCACCAAGCAUUUCUGGACAAGUUUUGCCUUGAUGCAAACCCAGGAAGACACUGCUCCUUUUGCAUGCUUUCAUGUUUAAAUUGCGAACUCUAAAUUUGCUAUUUGAAAUCAUUUGUGAGAGGAGAUUGCUCCCCGACUUAUUGCCACAUACUUACACAACAAUAAAUUGCGAAAGGAAAUGAAAUCUACUGUUGCAGUUUUUAAAAAGAAUCCAGAAUUUUUUUGAGCACAAAUCAGUGCAACAUUUAGGUUCAGUGCCUGGUAUAUCUUCGUCUUGCUCAUGAAUAUGCAAAUGUACAUUAGCAUUAACAGCCAUAAAAGCUCCAAAAUAUGGGUCAAGAUAGUAGAACUAUAAUUUAAAAUGAGGUUAGUUGGAACCCAAGAGUGUAGUUACAAGCAUUUUAGUAAGAUUUAGUAUAAAAAAUUCCAUUUCAUGGUCCCUUUAAUGAUUUGAUAUUUUCUUUGUUGUUAAACAACAAUAUCGCUAUUAUAGUUAAGUUCCUAAGUGAUAAAUGUGUAUGUACUCCAUGCCUCUUUUGUUUGCAGUAUUCCAUGAUGCCUUUAUAUAUGCGCAAAUAAAAAGCUCUGAAAGCCAUUAAACAAGUCCCCCAAUCUUCUCAAUCUGCAGAUACAAAUUAACGAAGCAUUUAUACCAAUUGUAUUGCAAUAAAUCAGAGGUAAUCAAAAAACUG